AUUAUUUUUAAAAUAUAUAAAUUAUAAAAAAACUCAGCUGUCAUUAACACAAUUGAGUUUUGAUUUUGACAUUUGAAUUUUGAUGCAAAACAUAUCGCUGUGUAGUGUGUUGUUGCCGUCGGCCGAUUUCAGAAUUUUAUGAAUUGAAAAUUCUCUGAUAUAGCAACAUAAUUGAGCAGUGGAUAUUGUACCGAUUAUUUAACAAUAAAUUUGCUAUGAUGGACGAAGAGCUGUCUCCCUCCGAACUGGGCACACAAACAUACUGGCAAGCAGCUUACACUAAAGAAUUAACAAAUUUCAAAGAACACGGUGACCCUGGUGACGUUUGGUUCGGUGAAGACAGCGCUAUACGGGUUAUACGAUGGAUAUGUACAUGUGGCGUUGGUUUGGACGACAGGAUUAUUGAUUUGGGCUGCGGCAACGGGUAUACACUGUCAGAAUUAGCGAGGGAAGGUUUCACAAAUCUUCUAGGAGUGGAUUAUUGUAUAGAAGCAAUUGAAUUAGCAGAAAAAGUGUCGAAAAGCGAAUUCCCUUUUAUUAAUUUUAAGGUUUUCGACAUUAUAAACGACGAAGUAUCAAACCUAGGACCACAAUUUAGUGUAGUACAUGACAAAGGGACGUAUGAUGCAAUCAGUUUAAAUCCAGAAAACACUAAGGAGAAUAGGUUUAAAUACGCCGAUCAGGUGGCGGCCAUGUUGGUUGAUAAUGGUUUAUUCGUAAUAACGUCCUGUAACUGGACAGAAGCGGAAUUAAUAAAACAUUUUGCAGAAAAAAUGAAGUUGAAAUGUGUCAUACCGACGCCGCAGUUCAAAUUUGGCGGGAAAGUUGGCAGCGUUGUGUCAUCUGUGGUGUUUGUUAAAAAAUAAAAUUGUAUUUUUUA